CGAUGUGUACAAUUUCAGUCCAGCGAGCGAGCGAGAGUCUGAUUCUUUUAAUGCGCUGGGCCAUUGGCAGUUGCCGGUGAGACACAGUCACGAGAACAUCAGUUUGUGCUCAACUCCGGCAUCAUUGCUCAAUUGUUUUUCCAGGAAUAAUUACUAAAAGAAAAAAGUGUCAACCAGUGGAUUCGUUUGUUGUUGUUGUUUGGGUUGUUUGGGUUGUUUUCUUGUGUGUUUGUGAGCUGUGUUUCGUCAUCGAAUGACUGGAUUUAAGCAACCGAGGCGACCGAGUGUCGCCCCAGCACACGGAUACGUAUGACCAAUUAAGACGACGGCCGCGGUUUCCUGUUUUUCGCAAGGCCGAAUGCAAUAAGGACCGCCAACUCUCCUGCGGUUUACACCACCAAGAAAUACAUAUAAGAAGAAAAAAUAUAACGAGUCCCCCCCCCCCCACAAAAAUGCAUCGUGGGCUCGAUUGUUUGUUGCUGCUUUGGUGGAUCGUAACGACGCUCACUGUUGUACUUGGGUGGCCGAUCAAUCAACCCAACGCCCAACCAGCAGAAAUAGUUGCGUCUCAGUAUCAUAGUUCGUCGCCGGCGUUGUGCAACGAUUCGCGUUGUUCCUGUACCAGUCAUUCGGCGUCUCAGCAUGCCGGCCUCACUCAUGUCAACUGCCAAUGCACGCCUCAGGAUCAGGAAGCAACGUUAGAUGUCUAUCCAUCAUCAGUGCCGCGUGACGUCUCGCUUGUGGCCAUCCGAAGCUGCCGGAGCGUGAUCUUUCACGAAGGCGGAAUCAAGCACUUGAACAACCUCUCCAUCGUGACUGUUGAAGAUGCCGGAGAAGUGCUCUUCCAUUCAGGAUCUUUCAAUCAAUUGAAGGUGGAAACCAAGACGGCUGUGACAAUCGGCCGGUGUCGCCAAUUAUUAAUCAAAACCGCAGCUUUCGUCAGCCACUCACUCAGUCCGGUGGCUCUUAAUUCGUCGCACUGCCAUUCGGUGCGAAUCGAAGAGUCGGCCUUUUCCCGUCUCAGUCGGCUGACGCUGACCAACAUCCAGUUUUUGCACUUGGCUUCGCACGCUUUCCGGUUUACCACCGUCAGCCCACUGGACGGAGAUCACAUCAAAACCGAGAUAUUGAUCGAGCACGUCACCAUGACAGAAUUGAAAAGUUUCACAUUUCCAUCGCCGCUGGAUCAUCUUGUAUUUGAGAACGUCACCAUUUCUGGCCAAAUUCACGCCAACGCCACUUCGGCUUUGCGGAUCGUCCGGCUCAGCAUUUCCGACUCGCGAAUCGGUUGGAUUGAGGCCGGCGCUUUCAGCGAGUUCACUCACCUCGAUUGGCUGGAAAUGCUCAACACCAGGGUGGGCCACAUAGACGGGCGGGCCUUUUCUUCGGCUGCAUCUUCUAUCACCAUCGAAGGCUGCCAAAUCGGCCGGAUGAAUCAGAGCGCACUGUCUAUGCCCGUCGCCCGCGUGUCAUUACAUUCCAAUCACAUCGACGUGCUGGCCACCGGAGCCCUUAAUUUGCGCGAGUGGAACGAACUGCUCAUUGAAAACAAUACGGUUACGCUGAUUGAGCGACACGCCUUUUACAACAUUGGCGAACCUAAACUUCUUCCGUCGCCCUACGCCGGAGCUGGACGCGUCCGGUUCAUCAUACGACACAACGUGUUUCAUCAAGUCCAGCUGGGCGCUUUCAUCAUCAGCGCUGAAGUGCCGCAGCUGAAAUUGGAGGACAAUCACUUCCAACACAAUUGCGAUUGUCAGAUGGCUGGAUGGGCGGCCCAGUUGACGCAAAUCACUCGCCGGACCGAGACCACAACGGCCGAAUCGUUUCUAGAAGAAGAUGAAGAUGAUGACGUCUUUAAUGCUCCUAGGGCUUUGUGGCUAGGAUCUUCGCUCUUCAACAGCAGUCUGUGUCGGCUGGACCAGGCAGCCGCGGAAUGUUUGGAUUUAGCCGACCAGCCGCAAUUCCUGUCCAUGAAAAACUACACGGACGAAUUUUGCCCGGCCGCUCAAGAGAACGAAUUCAGCCGCUGCUUGGCCAUGAAACGUUCAUCGAUCGACAUCAGUCGAAUCAUCGAUUUCAAGACGGACGACGAUGCCGACGGAUCGAGUGGAAUUAAAUUGGUCGAUUUUAGCUCGAGACAAGAUUUGGUCAUGAUCAUCGUCCUCAGUGCCCUGUGCGUUUUGGUCUUCCUGGCCGUCUGCCUUGGUCUGGUCGUGGCUCGUUUCAGGACCAAGUCACGCCAGCAGCAACGAAGCAAUAAGAAAAUCGUGUCCAACGACGAACGCGUCACUUGUUCGCCGCUGAUUCCCAGCAGCAAUGUGGAAAAACAACUGGGCAGCGGAGUGGUUUCCUCCGGCUCCAUUUCGCGUCUCUCCGUCAAAGACUAUCGAAAUUAUCUGGAAGACCUUGGACCCAUUUACUCGGAACCGCUGGAACCUCCCGAGUCGAAUGCUUGGAUCAAGCACGUCCCACCAACGGAUUUAGCCCCGCCCGAUGUGCCGGCCAUGCCCGUCCAGUGGACUCCCAAAGGCGGCGUCAAAGCCAACGACGACGCUAAUAAACGGACCAUCGAUCGAGGCACUCAAACGUUGGAGGACAGCACUAAUAAAGUCUCGGAAUCAGAGAAUCUCUCCAGCACAUCAAAUGGCGAACCGUUGGCGUCGAGUCUGGCCCUUGAAUUCACACAAGAUGUCAUGGCCGCUCUGCGAGAUAAAAUGGACGUCUCCCCCCUGUACAGCGAAGUCAAAGAUUCGAUUGUUUCCAAGCAACUAGACAAUAACGAAGAGUCAGCAGCACUGACGAAGGGAACCAGCACAAUAACACCAGAGUUCUACGAUCUCAUCAAGGUAGUCGAUCAAGGCGCUGGGCCAAGGCCGUCCACAUCUUCUGCCAGGUCGGAGCACAUCUACUGCAAACCGUGGGAUGAUGCCGAUCCAUCAGGCUCGAAGAAUCGUCUUCCAUCAUCCAUUGCGGAUGAGACGCCACCACCGCCACCAGCAGGAGUCGAAUUAAAAGUGGAUAAGGAGUCAGCAGGUGGUGAUGCUUUAUUAUUAUUACCUCCUCCAGCGAAACAAAAGAAUAAUGUGCCGGUAGCCAUCAAAAGUCAACCGUUUCACGUGCGCGGAUCUCUCCCGAAAUGGCCUCCGCCCGCCAUCAAGACUCCCAGUCAAAACCGGAGCGGAUCGAGGACCACCAACAGUUCAACUUGCUCACCUCCAACAUCUCCCGUUAAAGAUGCCAAGCCACCUUCGUGGCAAAGCUCAUCCAGGUCGAUUCCGGCAGCCAGGAAACCGCCGACUAAAACCAGAAGCGAACACAAUAACACUUCCCAGAAGACCUCUCAUCAGCCGACGGGCAAGUCUAAUAAAGAAUCUACUGUCGUCCAGUCAAAUUCAUCGAACGUCGUUAUUUCGCCGUCUCCUUCACAACAGUCCAAAGAUGAGGGCGAUGAGGAGUACGCCGAAGUAACGCCGCAGCCGUUUAGUUUCUCAUUCCGACGGCCUUUGUUCGCAGAUCGUCAAAAUAAUUCUAAAGAGACGAAGAAGAGUGCUGCUGCCGAGGGACCACCGAAACCGGCGAGAUCGCCCGUGGCCCAGUUGUGCGAAUAUGCCGAUCCACGUGACCUAAAUGAGCCUUUGUACUCUGAAUUAAUAGUGCAAGAUGAACAACAACAACAACAACAACACGAUAACUUGUGAUCCCAACUCGUAUAUACAUAACAGUCCUUCUUGUGGUUUACAUAUACGCAGAGUAUACGCUUCCGCUCCGAUUCAUCGAAUCGCUUUUGACCUGCCUUAUAAUAUACCAGAAACAAAAGUCUCGAAUGGUGUUCGGGCUCGAGUCAAAAAAUCGUCAUAUUUCAUUGUUAUUUGAUAAAUUUAUUUCGUUUUGGUUCCAUCAUCAUCGUCGUGCGUGUAGCUAUAUUGCGUGUACUUAUAUAGCAAAGAUGUGCUUUUUUGUCUGUUGGGUGCAUGAUUCAUCACCAAAACAGUCGUAACUAAUAAAAGUCUCGCAAAUCCGG